AUGUCUGAGGAUGACGCUUCUUCCUCCCCUGCCUCGCCCUCCGACUCCACCACCACAAAGCAAGCCGCCAACAGUACCACGCGCCGGACCCCAGAUACAAAGUAUGCACAUGUGUAUGCAACACACUCCUCGAAGCGCAAUUCACGCUUGAGCCAGGAUGCCGAAGUGGCACCCAGCUUCGUGGGCUUCCGGAACCUCAUGGUCCUGGUUCUGAUCGUGUCCAAUUUUCGGUUGAUGAUUGAGAAUUUCCGAAAGUACGGCGUCCUUAUUUGCAUCCAGUGCCACGACUAUCGCCGCCAAGACCUUCUCAAUGGCCUCUACCUCUACUGCCUCGUCCCCCUCCAGCUCUUCGUCGCCUACCUAAUCGAAUAUGUUGCGGCCGAUCGUGCCAAAGCCGCUGUAGCGCGCAUGAAGCGCUCUGGGGAAGACCUAAACACCCCCGAGAAGCAGCGACAAGCCCUCCGCAGCUUCAGAUCGACUUGGUACCUGAUUGCCCUCUGCCACGGCAUCAACGCCACCAUUGGACUCGCCUACGCUACCACAGUCGUCUAUUACGACAUCUACCACCCAGGCAUCGGCACCAUCUGCGAACUCCACGCCGUCAUUGUCUGGCUGAAGAGCUGCUCCUACGCCCUCACAAACCGUGACCUCCGCCAUGCGUACCUGCAUCCCAGCUACGCUCAGGCCCUCCCAGACUUGUACAAAUCAUGCCCGUACCCCCGGAACAUCAACCUUAAGAACCUCUGCUACUUCUGGUGGGCUCCAACCCUAGUCUACCAGCCCGUCUAUCCCCGAACCUCCCACAUCCGCUGGACCUUCGUCCUCAAACGAAUCGCCGAAUGCAUUGGCCUCAGCAUCGUCAUCUGGAUCGCCUCGGCCCAGUAUGCAGCCCCAUUACUCCGCAACUCGCUCGACAAGAUCUCCACCCUCGACCUCGUCUCCAUCUGCGAGCGCGUCAUGAAGCUCAGCACCAUCUCCCUCUUCUGCUGGCUCUGCGGCUUCUUCGCCCUCUUCCAAUCCUUCCUCAACGCGCUGGCCGAGAUCAUGACCUUCGCGGAUAGGGAGUUCUAUGGCGAUUGGUGGAACGUGAGUUCCAUCCGCACGUACUGGACGACGUGGAACAAGCCCGUGACGAAUUUCAUGAGGAGGCACAUCUAUAGUCCGCUGGUGGCGAGGGGGUGCCCAAAGGGACUCGCGCAGAUGAUUGUGUUUUGCAUCUCGGGCGUGCUGCACGAGCUGCUCGUCGGGAUCCCCACGCAUAAUGUCAUUGGCGUCGCCUUCGCGGGCAUGAUGUUCCAGAUUCCCCUCAUCCUCUUGACCGACGUCAUCCAGACGUUCAAGGGCAUCCGGGGUAAGGUCGCCGGCAACAUGAUCUUCUGGAUCUCCUUCUGCAUCGUCGGACAGCCUCUGGCGGCGUUGCUGUACUUCUUCGCGUGGCAGGCGAAGUAUGGGAGCGUGUCAAGGCAGUUUCAGGAGAGUCCGGCAUUGAAUCUGUUCAGGAGACGCUGA